AACAGAGCGCAAAGGAGCGCAAGCAGGAGCAGCGGGUUUUCGCUUUUGCUGUCAAAACAAAGGAGGGAGAAAAGCAGCCAACAAUCUGCAAAAAGUGGCAGCCAGCAGUUUUCCAAGGCAGUGCGAGUGUGGAAAGGGCUUUUAUUUUCAUCCAAAAAUAUUUUUUCCGCUGUUUUCCUUCGGAACAAAAGGUGGCAUUUUCUCUCCGUUCCGAUUUGACCCGAAUUUCCAGUGGAAAAGCGUACGGCAAAAGGCGACCCGAAUCGAAGGAUCGAAUUUCCUGGUUUUCUUGCAUUUUGUUCGUGCUCUCCGAGAAGGAAAAUAUGGAACGAGGCAUUGGCCGACAGGGACCGAUGAUGUCCUCUCCGGGAAUGUCCCGACGGCCUGGUGGUGGAAUGCCACCUCGGGAUAGCUAUCAAUCACAUUCAUCAUACCAUCAGCAGCAGCAGUCCAGUCCACAUCAACAUCACCAGCAAUCGCAACAACAUCAGCAGCAGCAACAACAGCAUUCGCCAGCAAGUCAAUUCCAGCAUUCGCAGCAUGAUGAGCUGAUACGAUACAUUCAUGAGGCAUGGAAUACGAUCACGCAAGACAAAAGCCAAAAUCCCCCAGUAUUCUUCAAGAGUGUACCUGAGCCACGGCUCGCAGGUUUCACCCCGUUCGAUUUGGAAGCAUACUGGGGUCGGCGGUUAGUACACAAGAUCAACAUUUCGGCCCAUGGUCAUCAGUAGUUUCGGACCGGGCAAACACGAUGGAUUGGAGGAGUUGAAGAAAAAAGGGAAAACAGCAGAGAAACCGAUAAUUCGCAACUGUUAAGAAAUAGACAUCUGAAAACCAACUGCGGAAGAGGAUUAAGAAACUGAAACAGCUGGACGCGGAGAUAGGAUCUAAAGAAUCGGCAGAACACACAUACACGACCACACACAAACACACGACCAUGCAUAUGGUUCCAUUCAAUAGAUUACACAAACACAAUUAUAUUUUCGAUUUUAUAUUUUAUUUUUUGGAAUAUUAGACGCAUUGGCAGAAGUAAUUUCGAUAAUUCAGAAUCAAAAUAUUUCUAAUUAUUAGAAAGACAGGUAAAACUCAGAUGAUUUUCAGUAGAACAACACAAAGCAACAAAAAACUAAUAUAACGAUCAUUUAGCGUAAAAUAUGAUUUUUGUCUUACAAAAGACAACUAUUGUAAAUUGAAGCAAAAAAAAGUAAUUGUGAAUAUCCAAAUCCUACAAAUUCUGCGAAAUGUAAACAAUAAACAAUGUGUUUCCACUUUUUAAUCUGUUCUGUUUUUCGUUUCCUCUUUUUUUGUUCUUAAAUACACACAUCUCUGUAAAAAAACUGUGGAUGAAUUGAAAAUGUAAUAAACGAGUAAGAGGGUAAAAAUUA